AUGCCUGAUACAGAUUUACAGUAUAAGACGUACGACGACGUUUGGCGUGGGUUAGCGAACGCUAUCGCUCGCGGGGCAGAACAUGACUCCAACGAACGCCGGCCAUUCGGGGAGUGUCUUCCGGGUACUCGGAUGGAGCUUCUUGAUAUGCUAGAGAAGAUCUUGACACAAGAGGAAGGAGAGGAGGGGCACCAGGAACAAAGUGCGGAAGAAGAAGAAUACCGGAUGGAUGUGGAUAAGCAGGGUGAUGAGGAAAAGUCAGGGAGAAUCUAUUGGCUUUUUGGGGGCUCAGGAACAGGCAAGUCAAGUGUCGCUUGUUCUAUCGCUGAGCGUCUACGCCGCAAAGAGCAUUUGGCGGCCACAUUUUUCUUUUCGCGGAAGGACGUCACUAGAAGCCGUACCGAUCUUGUCUUCCUCACCCUCAGCUAUCAGAUUGGGCUCCGUCACCCUCGUGCCAAACUCGCCAUCGUCAAGGCUAUCAAAGACGACCCAGCGUUACUCUCCGCUGAGAAGUCCCGUCGUGCACAGUUUGACCAACUCGUUGCUGCGCCAUUGAGAGAGCUCAACAUGACGUGGAGGGAUGAAAAGAGAUCCAUGAUUUUUGACGCCAUUGACGAAGGGGCCGGAGAUGACGAUGACUAUAUCAAUGCUGACCAUAUGAAACACGCCGUAUCUAUGCUAGCGGAGCUUCUCCGCAAUGGACGCGCCCCCAUCUCCAGUGUCCUUUUCACGAGCAGACCGUAUCCGUAUCUCCGUACAAUCAUACAGGAUAUCAAGGGUAUCACACCCGUCGAAAUCGAGGACUUCAACGCAAGUCGCGACGUGGAGGUAUUUCUUCGCGACUCCUUUCAGAAAAUCUCCGAUGUUCGCAGAAUCGGCAGUCGUCCAUCAUGGCCCUCCGACAAUAACCUUAACACAUUGCUAUCUCAGGUCAAGGGGCAUUUCAUUGUCGCUGCAACCAUCUCCAGACUUGUCGGUCGCGCUCCAAACCCGAAAAGUGCUCUCAACCACGUCUCUGCCAUGUACUCGGGUAGAGUGGAUCUCAGUCGUGGUAUCGACUCGGUUUAUCACCACAUCCUCUCCGAUUGCGAGCCUGAACAACGACGCGCCGGAGCUGAAUGCUUAGGUACAAUCAUCGCUCUUGCCGAGCCUCUAUCUCCCUCCACCCUGUGCCAGCUUUACGAUGACAACGUCUUGAAACAUAUCGAGCAUCUUUUCGCCAUCGUCUUUGUGCCACAUUUAGAAUCGUCGAAUUCGAUCCAAAUAUACCAUGCCUCCCUUCAAGAUUACAUCUUGGAUCAGUCCCGCUCAGGGGAGUUUUACGUUGAUCCUGCUGAUUCCCGCGCGCGCUUAGUGUGCUCGUGCUUGGAACUCAUGGAGAACGAACUCAAAGAGGACAUCUGCGGGCUAGAAGACUCCUCUAGACUGCAUUCAGAGUUCGAUGACUUCGAGUACCGGAAAGAAGUCUCGAUUUCAAGUGCACUCUGUUACGCGUGUCUUUUCUGGACGCAUCACCUGGAAAGGGCAAAUCACUCCAAGGAAGUGCAAGAGGGCGUGUUCUAUUUUGUUCAAAACCAGCUGCUUUUCUUCAUAGAGGUAUCGUCCAUCAUAGGGAACUUACAGGUCGGUGUUAGAAGCCUGACUGGUGCAGAAAAAGUUGUCUCUAAAUGGGAUCCGUCUCCUGAACAACAUCGUACGCUCAGACUGCUCUAUGAUACCUGGCGACUUGUUCUCCAAUUCUUCGAGCCUAUAAGAACGUCAGCACUGCAUCUGUAUGAAUCUGCGCUCGCCUUUUGCCCUCGGAAUACCCAGCUGUAUGCCUCAUAUCGCGAUCUCAUCUCAAAAUCCAAGGUCUUGGUUGAAUCUGAGUUGAACUCAUGGGACUAUAUCCUACGCACCUUCGACAGUUACGGUAUAUUGUCUAUCACACUAUCUCCAGACGGCCGUAAACUAGCAACGGUAGCCGAAAACGGGGGCCUCAACCUGUGGGAUACUGUCACCGGGACUCUUAUCGCUGUUGGGAUGUCAGCAUGA